UCUCUUGUAAGUCAAUGGAAAAAAAACCAUUUGUUACCUGUUUCAAAGUUAUUGAUUUAACCAUGAGAAAAACUAAUUCUGUGGCAUCCAUUUAAAACAAGCACCGACAAUGUUUGUCCAAUAUUGACCAAAUUUGGGAACCUGAUGUCUGUCACUCUCACCUUGUUUGCUGUGGAUGUUGAUCAACAGGACAAAAAUUGCAGGUGCUUUGUUGUGAAAACAAUGCUGACAAACGUUUCAAAGAACCGCGGUGUAACAAGGAGGAAUAGGUCGAUCGGGGGAAAGGGCCAGGGUGUCUCCAAAUAAAAGCUUUGUCAACAGAAUAGUUCUAGAGGAUCAAUUUAAACCAUUUAAAAAGAAACUGCGAAGCAGUCAUAGUGUAUAUUUAUGCAGAGGCUGUGCAAGGCUGAUUAGUUAAGAUGCAUACUUCUGCUCUCUGACGCUGAGUUACGUGCAUGUAAACUUUAAGGCUCGAAACCACGAUGUCUGCGUUAAAAAUGCAGAGUGAUUUGGUUACAAAAGAAGCUUCUGGAUAAAGAGAACGGAAUCAAGAGUUUGAGAUUUAGUCAACCUUAACACCAUGGAAGAUGACAUGGGAAUAAAACGUCCUUUGGAUGAUGAUUAUGAAGAAGAUGAAGAUGACCAUAAAAGGAGACGGGGUGAUGGACCGAAAGUAGAGCUAAGGUUUCUACUGGCUAGCAAGAAUGCUGGCGCCAUCAUUGGAAAAGGAGGCAGCAAUAUCAAACGACUGAGGCAGGAUUACAAAGCCAGUGUAACAGUGCCCGACUCGACAAGUCCCGAACGAGUUCUUACCAUUGGAGCUAACCUGGGUACAGCUCUCGAAUGUGUCCUGGACAUCAUUCCUAAACUGGAAGAUUACAAAAACUACAAAAACAAUGACUUUGACUGUGAGAUGCGCCUACUGGUACAUCAAAGUCAAGCAGGUUGUAUCAUUGGGAGAGCAGGAUUCAAAAUCAAGGAACUCCGCGAGAGGACGGGAGCACAAAUCAAAGUCUAUUCCCAGUGUUGUCCUGAAUCCACAGAACGUGUGGUCGCCAUAGGAGGCAAACCAAAGAUAGUGGUGGACUGUAUAGAGACAAUCCAUGAUCUACUGCAGACAGCACCCCCUAAAGGUCCAAACCAGCCAUAUGAUCCUUUGUACUGGGAUGAAUUCAUGGUCCCUGAUUAUGGUGGUUACAGUGCAUCAGAAGGAGGGCGUGGCAAAGGCGGUCCAAGAGGUGCACCACCUGGUGGUAGAAUGGGUGGUGGCCCCAUGGGAAUGAGAGGAGGAGUUGGCGGUGGUGGCAGAGGUAUGCGAGGUGGUGGAGGCGGUGGGGGAGACUUCCGCCGAGGAGGAGGAGGAGGUGGGGGUAUGAUGAGGUCAGGCGGUGGAGGUGGUGGCCGCGGAGGCAGUGGAUUUGGUGGAGGUAGAGGAGGAGGUAGUAGCAGUGGUGGAUUCGGAAGCGGAGGAGGUGGAUUUGGAGGUGGAAGCCGCCAGGGUGGAAACCGCCAAGGAAGGGGCGGAGGUGGCAACUUUGGCGGCGGGCCGAUGGGAGGUGGACCAAUGGGAGGAUAUGGAGGUGGUAGCUUUGGUGGUGGAGGAAGUGGUGGUGGUAGCAGUGGAGGGGGAGGAAGCUUUGGAAGCAGUGGCGGAGGCAGCAGUUUCGGAGGAAGUGGCGGCGGAGGAAUGGGAAGCAGCGGAGGUAAGGAACACAGAUAUGGAGGAGGAGAUUAUGAUAACUUUGGAAGUGGAGGAGACAGCUAUGACGACGGUUAUGAUAACUUUGGAGGAAUGGGACAAAACUUUUCCCAGGAUAAUUCUGGUGGUAUGGGUCAGAUGUUUGGAAACGAAGGAAAUUUACCCUCAACCCAAGUCACCAUUCCAAAGGACCUUGCAGGAGCUAUAAUAGGAAAGGGUGGUGCCCGAAUACAAGAAAUACGCCGACAGUCUAAUGCCCAGAUAGUCAUAGAUGAGGGAUUGCCCGGGUCAAACGACCGAAUCAUCACUAUCACUGGAACCCAUGAACAGAUUCAAAGUGCCCAAUUUCUUUUACAAAGCAGUGUUAAAAGAUACUCUGGGAAGUACUGAGAGAUGCUGUGAAGAAUUUUUAUAUAUUCAAAAAAAGUGGGAAGAAAUGAACAGAAAAAAGAAAAUUGCCAUGGGUUCUUAAUCCAACAACCAUCUUGAUAGACAUUUUAUCCAAUCAUGAAAUGUAUUGCAUUGCCUUUCAUAUUCAUUCAGAAUUGAUGUCAUUGUCAUGGCGUGCACUCAAUCGUUUUUCAUCAUGUCAGAUUUCAUUUUUUCCUGUGAGAAAAAUAUUUUGUAUUAUGUCAGUAGAUUAAUAUCUAUAUAGACAAUUAUGUUUUGAUUUUCAUACUGGUGAUCUUUUAACAUAUGUAUUUCAUUAUAGUAUGUUUUUGUUGUUUUAAUGAUGCAGCAAAAGUCAUUAAAUAUAAUAAAAGUG